UCUCCUAGAUACACGGAUGUGUAUAUGUAUAAAAGGAUCAUGUCAGAAUUGAUUAAGGUAGUCUGAACUGAUACUCCAACAUGGCGUUAUUUGUGUUUUCACUGUUCCUUAUAGUGCAUUUGUCUUUCGCAUAUUAUGCUAAUCGAGAUACAUGCGAUUCCAGAAUAGAACAUACAUUCACUGUCAUUGACUAUGACUGGCCGAAUGAUACUGCUCGCGAGAUGGCCAUCAGAAAUGAAUCUUACAUCCCGAACAACAAUAUCAUCAGUGGAAUGAACGUCUAUAAUGACGCUGUCUACGUCACCGUACCAAGAUGGCGCCGCGGAGUCCCGUCAACGCUUAACAAGAUUGUCAUAAAGGAUGGCAUUUCGAUUCUACAACCGUACCCUAAUUGGGAGUCGCAAAGAGUCGGUGAUUGUCAUGCUCUGCAAUUUGUUCAAAGCAUAGCAAUCGACCCGAAUACAGGAUGGAUGUGGAUUAUUGAUACAGGACGAAUUAACUUUUUUGCAAUUGAUGGAACUCCAACAGAAAAUCUCUGUCCAGCAAAGAUCAUCAUAUAUGACAUUGACAAUAAUAUUGAAAUCACCCGUCACGAAUUUCCUGAUAAUGUCGCUAACCGUAAACGAACCUUUCUAAAUGACAUUGUCAUUCAGUAUAGAGGACAGAGGGCCCGCUAUGCCUAUAUUACGGACGAUUUUGAUACACGUCUUAUUGUUUUUGACAGAAAAAAGAACACUUCCCACUUUUACUCGCAUCCAGAGUCGAUGUUACCGGAAUCAGGGAAUGGAAAUAUCACUAUUUUGGGUGAAACACUUGCGGUGUCGGAUGGAAUUAAUGGGAUUGCGUUAUCGUCUGAUAUGAAAUUUAUUUACUAUGGUCAACUUUCUGGAUUCUCCAUUUACCAGAUACCUACAAAGGUUGUGAGGAAACCUGGUAAGGACUUCGACAGAUUUGUUCGUAAGGUCGGAACCAAACCAGCGCAUGCAGCUGGUAUGGUGUACAGUAAAAACCACAGCUUGUAUUUUGGCGGUCUUGACGAUAACGCCGUUUAUAAGUGGGAUGUGGAGAAGGACAGAAGGAAACAGCGAACAACAUUCCGAAAGGUACAAAUGAAAACCGUACAAACGUUCUUAAAGGAUGAUUCAUGUAUCAACUUUGUAGAUAUAUUGAAUUUUGAUCAAAAUGAUAACCUGUGGUUCUCUGUCAACAAGUUGCACAAAUUUUUCCUUGGAACGAUGGAUUUUUCGGGGAAUAGUGGACCGAACGUUUUAAUAAUGAGAGCAAAGGCAGGAACCACAGGGUACCUUGAUCGUCGGCGCCGGUACAAGCCAUACUAAAAGACAGUCAUGAACAAUAUCAUAUUUCACAUAUAUAUGUAUAAUUAUGAGUAUUUUAGUCAGAAGACAUUGAUCUUUUUAGCAUUGAUAAAUACUAGUGAAUGCGAGUUUAAAAGCGAUAAUGACAAUACAAUUUAAUGUUAUAUUGAAGCACAACUUAACUUAUACAACAAACACGGACAAUCGCAGAAUCAGUAUAUCAGCGGAGAAUGCAUGCUGAAAAGUCUAUCAACUGAUGGUCGAUCUACUUGUUAUACUAUUUCUGAUUUCUGAAACGACAAUGAAGCCUGUUGGUGCUAUAUGUUGGUGUUAACUAAAUUGUUUUCAUGACGAAGUUAAACACUUUCUAUAAAAUGUUUAACCUGACAAUUUCAAGUAAUAUGGACAAUUUAAACUUGUUUAUAAUAAUGAUUGAGAGCUAUCAUUGAUGCAUAUUUUAAGGAGACUUCAUAAAAAGAAAUGAAGAUAAAAUGAAAUAUCAAAUUUACAAAAUAUUUAUCGUUUAAGGAGAAUUAUUCUGUAUAUCAAAUAAUCAUUAUUGACGAUAUAAUUAUUCGAGUUCAUAAAUCGAUCAGAACAAGGCUCUAAUCCCGCCACAGGCUGCUUCCUUUACAUGUACAGUGCGUGUAGAGCUCAUCGAACUGGUAAAUAGCGCUUAGCUAGUCAUUUACAUAAACGGCGUAAGUGCAUGCCUGAUUAAGAACGUUAAGUUAGUUUCACGUGGAUUUUAAUGCGUUUAGGAUAAGCCAGUCACGUGUACGUCCACGUUGACCGCCUCUUAGUAUAUAAAGGCAAGGCAUCUCUGCUCUCCGAGUUUCUAUCCUUAUGGCUGGAACUCAACGCAUCGUCAGAUCCCUCCGUGUAAGGCAACAUAUUGAAGGGUGAGGGAACAAGUUUAAGGAGUUAUCGCCCAUGUAAUUUACACGGCUACAUUAUGUUUGGGUGACAGGAUGGGAUCGUCGGUAGUAUUACAUUUUGCGUUUGUAAAGCGAUACCGUCAAAUUGCGUCAAUAAAGGUUUUUCUUCUUCUUUUAAAUAGCUUUCAUAAUUCUUGACUGUUUUCAGACUCAUGUUGGAAUAUCUAGCAGUGUGUUAGAUAUAAAAACAAUUGUCUAAUGUUGAUGUCAUCGUGUUUCGUUUUUUAAAUAUAGAAGGUAGCAUCGAUGUAGGACCGUAGCUGUUGCGAACACCUUUAACAAAGAAACCAUGUGUAACUUUUAUAAGUUACAGAGUCUUACAACCUUUAUAAUGAAUGCCAACCUUUAUUAUAUGUUUGUAAAAUUGUAUAUACCUUCUUCAACAUAUGUAAAAUAAAUUCGA